AUGGACGGAGGGAGGUUGACGGCCGUGGUUUCUGAUCCACCUCCACUAUCAAAUUUUCCUGCCGAUAUGCUCCUGGAAAUUCUCAAAAGGCUCCCAGCAAAAACCCUGAUGAAAUUGAAGUGCGUUUCGAAAUAUUGGCUUAACCUAAUACGCGACUCUUCCUUCGCAGAGUCUCACUUGAAUCACGCUCGAACUCAUCGCUCCGACGCCUCCCAACUUCUGUUAGCCUGCUUCUUGAGAUUCUCCGUCGAACGAAUAAAGACAAUUUUCCCGGCCACCAACGAGGAUCUUUGUUUAAGCGCUCAACUUCCGUCGCAUACUUUUGGCGAAGAUUUUCAACCUUGCUCCAACGUUGUCAACGGCCUUGUUUGCGUGUGUUUAGUCGUCUUCUCCAGGCACUUGCAUCCUUGUAUUUGGGUGCCCAAUCUUACGACCACGGAGAAGAAAGCCCUCCCAGUGCCGCCAAGCUUGGAAUUGGCUGCUAAACCAACAACUAAUCUCCACCGUAGCAGCAGAUUCUAUCUAGGGUUCGAUCCGGUCUCAAAAAAGUACAAAAUUCUACACUACCAUUGCGAAGUAGGGGCUUACGAGGUGCUCACGUUGGGAAGCGAAACCUGGAGGCAGGUACGAGGAAGCGCAGCUACAGAUGUUGACUUAGGGUUAGGGAAGAUUCGGGAAGGUUUCAUUUUUCAAGGAUUCGGACACGGAGGUAUGGCUUCCAUUAAUGGCAGAAUCUAUUUCAGAUACGUAGCGGAGAGGGUUAUAACAUUCUUCCAUUUGAAGGAGGAAAAAUUCGGACAAGUCGCUAUUCCACAAAGGAUAGAGGGCAUUACCUUUAAUACGGAUAUAGUCGACUUGGGAGGGAAAUUAAGUCUUGUCGUCGGAAUCUAUGAGCUCGUCAGCCAACUCCGAAUUUGGAUUUCGGAAGACGAUAACAAUAACGUUAAUUGGGUUGAGAAGAGAUUAACAUUACCAGAUCUUUAUUACGUGGAAACAAUGGGCGUCACAGGUAAUGGCAAGCUCAUACUAAACUGCAAGGAUAUUCCCUGUCCUCGCAUCCCUACUUACUUUUUCUGUUAUGAUUUGAAGACGUUUGAACUUAUAACCGCAAUUAAGAUGCAGCCAUACAGGGAUCCUCUUUUGUACAAUUUUGUUGAAAACAUUGUCCCUUUGGAUCGGAUCGGAUAUGAUAAUUGA